UACUAAUUUAUAAUCGGAAAUCGGAAAAUUCACUUCACUCUCUCCGUUUUUGCUUAAAAUCAAGCCUUCUUCUCAGAAUCUCAAUCAAGAAGGAAACCUCCACUCGAUUUCGAAAAGCUAAAUCCAGAGUACACUUUUGUGAAAUUUCUUCAUUUCCUGGAUUUUGAGGGGGAUUUGGUAGCUCUCGUUCUCAAUCUGGUGAAUUAGGGUUUUUGUUGAGCUGCGGAAGCUAAAUGAUGGGUGUACCCACCGAAUGGGAUGGUGGGCUGUCUCCCUGUUGUAGAUUUUCUCGUUUCUAUGGCCACUUUUGCUGAAACCUUAGCUGCUUUGUCAUGGGUAAAACCGAGGAUGAUGGGAACCUCCGCGCCGGCGACGAAGCUGUCGGUGAUUCGACGGAGAGGAAUGCUCGGUGCGGCUAUUGCGAAUGGAUCUCAGGCUUCGUUGGGUGCAAAUGUUUCUUCUUGCUGCUUCUCUCCGUCUCCUUGUUUCUUUCGGCUUUGUUUUUGUUGCUUCCGUUUCCCAUUGAUCGAGAGGAUUCGAAUCUCGAUCCCAGAUUUAGAGGUCAUGCUAUAGUAGCGAGUUUUAGCAUCAAUAGACCAGCUUCUUUUCUUAAUGAAAAUUUCGCGCAGCUUCAGAAUGACAUCUUUCAAGAGAUGAGCUACACUUCCAUCAAUGUAACUAUCCUGGCUUUUGAUCCGUCAGAUGGAUUAAACAUAACAAAGGUUGUGUUUGGAAUUGACCAUGAUACAAAAAACCCAGAAAUAUCACCUCUAUCCUUGAGUUCAAUCAAAGAGAUGUUCGAAUCAGUGCUCAUAAAUCAAUCCACUCUUCAGCUUACCAAUUCCUUGUUUGGGGAAACCUUCCUUUUCGAAGUGCUAAAGUUUCCAGGAGGAAUCACUGUGAUUCCACCGCAAAGUGCUUUCCCUCUGCAGAAAUUCAAGAUUGCGUUCAACUUUACCCUAAACUACUCUAUUCACCAGAUACAGAUAAACUUCAACACCCUUGCUACUCAACUAAAGAAUGGCCUGAAUCUUGCACCAUACGAGAAUUUGUAUGUAAGCUUAUCAAACUCAGAGGGGUUCCACCGUGUCUCCCCGAAUAUGGCUCCCAAGAUUUCACCAGUGGCAUCUCCUGUUCCUCAGAGAAGCCCUAGAAGACCUCCAUUAGCACCUCCACCCUGCAACUCAGGGAAUAGAAGAGGACAAAGAGUACAUUUCAAGGAUAAACACUUGCAUUUCUCAUCUACACAUUCCCCCGCUCCUUCUCCUUCUCCCGCAUCACAGCGUUCUCCUCGCUAUCCUGCUCGGCAACCACAUCAUCAGCUGCACUCACCGGCCCCGCUUCCUGCAGCGACUCGUAUAGUUCCAAUCUCUGCCCCUCUACCACAUGUGGUGUUUGCCCAUGCAGCUCAACCACCCAAAACCAAACCAAGUGAACAGCACGCAAACGAAGUUGCUCAUCCUCAACCGCAGUCCUCUUCAUCUAAUUUGAAUUUACCAGCUAUGCCAUGGAUUGUUCUAAUCAUGCUGAUAGCGGCCAGGCUUCGUGAAUAAUGACAUUAACAUGUCUAGUAAACUGUAUCAAAAGUCCUCCUCCUCUCCCUCAACCGAACACUCAAGAACAUAAGUGUAUAAAAUGGAUUCAUAUGGGAGCUAGAAACAAAACAGGAAGAGUUGUUAUAGAAUGUUGCUGCACAAAAGGGUGCAGCCUUCUACUUUAUAUCCCCAAAUGAACAUAUGCUCUAAGAGCUUCUUUGUAUAUUAUAUCUUCUAAAAGGGAAUUUUCAAUAGUCUACGAAUAAAA